AUUAGAGAGAUAUUCUCAACUUCAAAAACUUUUAGAUAAAGAGCUUAAUGCAUUAAUUGAGGUGAAACAAUUAUUACUUAAUACAAGAAUUAAAUAUUAUCAAAAUAUUUCGUAUUCUAUCAUUGAGUCUAAUAGCAAUUAUCAAUACGUAAAAUUUUGUGUAGAUGAAGUAGUAAAAACUGUUCUAUCUAAUAAUGAGAAGUCUGCAUUCAGAAUAAUCAAAGAAAUAAUUAAAAAUGUAUAG